UGUCUACAGUGUCUGUGUAAUGUAGAUAAAUGUGAGGAUUUUCUCUAAAUCCCUCUUCUGUUUGCUAAAUCUCACUGUCACUGCUAAAAUCAGAGCAGAUAGAGCCUGCGCAAUGGAAUAAAGUCCUCAAUAUUGAAAUGUGACAUUGCUCUCAACAUCUCACAUCUCUCUGGAUUUCUUUUUUCUCAUCAUUACUGCUAACAAAUUCAUUUCCAGACUUUGCACUUUUAAGAAGCAAUGGAAAAAAUCAACAGUCUCUCAACACAAUUAGUUAAGUGCUGCUUUUGUGAUUUCUUGAAGGUGAAGAUGCACACUGUGUCCUACAUUCAUUUCUUCUACCUUGGCCUGUGUUUGCUUACCUUAACCAGUUCUGCUACUGCUGGCCCAGAGACGCUCUGUGGUGCAGAGCUGGUUGAUGCUCUUCAGUUCGUAUGUGGAGACAGAGGCUUUUAUUUCAGUAAGCCUACAGGGUAUGGAUCCAGCAGUAGACGCUUACACCACAAGGGAAUAGUGGAUGAAUGCUGCUUCCAAAGCUGUGACCUGAGGAGGCUGGAGAUGUAUUGUGCGCCAAUCAAGCCACCUAAAUCUGCACGCUCUGUACGUGCUCAGCGCCACACUGAUAUGCCAAAAGCACAAAAGGAAGUGCAUUUGAAGAAUACAAGUAGAGGGAACACAGGAAACAGGAACUACAGAAUGUAAGAACAUGCCAUCCACAAGAGUGAAGAAUGAAUGUGCCAUCUGCAGGAUACUUUGCUGUAAAUAAAUUAUUUGUUAAACAUUGGAAGACUUAAAGAAAACUAUGGUUUAAUAAGCUUGAUGCAAUCUCAACCAAUGGGCAUUCUCCCAGUGAACAAUGCAACUAAACAUUCCAAUAUUAAGUCUUUAGAGAACAGAACGUUUUAACUAGCCCAGAGCUUAAAAAAAAUCUGUGGUUGAUAUAUUACUGUUUGCUAACCUGUUUUAAAUGUCCUGCACAAAAACUCUUAAAGUCCUGUGCCCCUCAAAAGCCUACAAAUUUAUGGGCCUUUGAUGGAUCCAAUUGCACUAAAUUAACCUAUGAACGCUGGCUGCUGGAGUCAUUCAUCAGCCUUGUCUAAGUGGUUUUUUUUAUUUGCACUUCUAUACAAGCAACAGGCUGUUUGUUUUACAGUGUCUGAUAACAUUGUUUGUCUACCCCUUUGUAUUUGCACAGUUUAACAUUCCCAGUAGCAGCAGCAGUAAGGUAACAUAUACAGUUUUAAACAUCCAUUAAUUCCAUCUGUGGCAUUUUUACAGAAUAUGGGUUAUAGAUACAGUCAUUUUAGGACAGAUUUUUUUUUUCCUUCUCUUGCAAAGAUGCAGUUUAUCACAAUUUGUGAGACAAAUGAUUUUUAAAAGCAGUUAAAGCAUACAUAGACUCUCAAACCGUUAAUGAUUCUUCCAGAUAAUUGUUUUGCAACAGUAUAGGUAACUUCUUUCUUCCUCCAUAUAAUGCAGUAUGUAAAAUUUAGCAUAUCAAUAAUACACAUAUAUCAAACAGUAUGUAAAAAUCUGUUUUAUAGUACAACGGUGCUAUUUUAUAGUUUGUUAUAUGAAAGGGUCUGGCCAAAACCGUAAGCGGUAAAAGCAAAUAUGGAAAUACCAAGCCAAAGAUGAAAUUAAAAAAUUAGUUUUAAGAAUAGUCAGGUUUUUUUUUUAAAUGAACUUAAAAGAUUCCAACAGGAAAAUAACUUUCCCUUCUUCAAAAGAAAACCCAGAUAUACUUGUUUCCUGUUAGAGAUUUAGAUGAUGGCAUAUUUACUUGCAGUUACUUGGAACAUGGAUUCAUAGAUGCAUGGGCCCAGAGAAGACAGUUAAAAAAACAGCCUUCAAAUUACUUCAAAGGGUAGCAUCAGGCCUCAAUCCUUUUGAAAUAUCAGCAUUCUUCUCUUUUGUGAAAGAGGGUUAAUCAUGUUCUCUGCCAUUUUAAUUCUUCCCACAAUCUGAUAAGACUAAAUUGAGUGUUAAUUAGGCCACUGCAUGUAUCUGUAAAUCCACAAAGCUAAUCUAAUCACCAAAUUACAAUGUGAAAAGAAUCUUCAGGAAGGCCUGAACCAUCAAGUCCUUCAAAAAGCAACUUUCAAUAGCCUUUCAUGCACUCUCAUACAAGAUUUCUACAUAAUCCCUGCCAUGUCACCUUGAUAUGGAGUGCACUGUUUCUACCUUGAAUAACACUGUUUCCUAUGCUCCAUUUUUGUAAAUUAAUUCAGAGCUGGAUUGACCAUGCAGCAAAGGGGAUAGGUAACCAAGAGCAUCCCAAGGAGAGCAAUAAACUUUUACUUAAAAGAAGGGGAGAGAAGGCAGUGGAGAAUGAACUUUCCAUCCUGUCCAGAACUGCAGUCUGGUUCCACUCUUCCUCCUCCUGCCAUCACACUGCCCAUGGCAAGCUCAGACAUGGGAAGAAGCAUUGCUUGGUCAGCCCAAAAGAGGAGAGGGGGAAUACUGUAUAAAGAGAGCAACUAGAGACAUAGGGAGAUGUCAGAUCAGAUCUGUAAAGGAAAUAUCUCUUUAAAAGCGAAAAUCUGCCAACUCUUACCUUCUACUGAAUCCAUGGGAAUAGGUGACCGAAUUACUGAUUCCCCAAUUGUUUCAUUGCUUUAGAAAAAUUGUUUCAUAUUUUUUCCAAGGAAAAUGCAAUGUAUUCUUAUGCAACUCUUUAAGCCUUCUUCUUUCUGUGCAUGUUUAUAAGCACAAUAGGCUGCCAUCAUACCAUCGUAAAAGCAGAAUAGUAAAUGACUAAAUAGAAUGUGUCACAGCUAUCACUGACAGAGAUAGGUACGUUGAAAAAAAGGGAAGAAGGUACAGAGAAGCAGUUGGAGAAACUAACCUAAACUAUUUACCACCAAUUAAAUAAACAGAAGUAGCAAUUCUGAUAUCUGUUACAACUCUUACAGGGGAUUUUUUGGUGGGGGGAUUGAGGGAGGUGUUUUUACUUCAAUGUCUGUUAAGAAUUCUGAAGGGCACUCUAAGAAUAAGCCGUUAUUUUGAUCUGUCAUAAACAUAAAACAUAUUUCCAUUUUGUGUCCCAUGACACCUGUCCCUUACCUGCUCUCCAGAUCUGAGGGGAGGAGGUAGAAAAAGCACAAGCCCAAAAAAGCAAUUUGCAGAUCUCUGUGGAUGGCAAGUUUCUUCGAGAUAACAUCUUGAUGCAGCGCUAACCAGUUUUUUUCUGAAAAACUAAACACCAUUGUAUUAUUUAAAUUGCUGCAAAUUAAAUCCAAAUUUUGUUCCUAUCUUGGGUUUCAUGCAAUCACAUUACAUGCCACUGUAUUUCUUCCCUUGACUACCAUAAUCAGAAAGUGUCUCUGGCAGACAACAUUAUCUAACAUCAGAACUUGACAAGUGUCCAGACAAAUUAUAACAAUUCUUGGAAAGAAAUCAGAAUAAAUAACAAGUGGCUAAAAUCUUCAAAGGAAACAUCUUGUUUUACAAGAGAAGGAAUGGGACUGCAAUACAGAGACUAGAUCCACCACUGUAUAUGUGAGAAAUGCAUGGGUGGAUGGAAUGCAUAUUUGCACGAGAAUUCUCCAGACCUAUGGCAGGGAGUACAUAAUGUACUAGUCAGUGUGAAAGGGAAGGGCUGCAUUACCUUAAUAAUCUCAAUAAAUCCACUACUUAAAGAAGCAGAAGCAUGGGCCAAAACUUCUCCCUCCACAAAGUACAAAGUAGUCUGGCUUGAAAAGCUUCUUAGUUAGAGAAAUUCAAGGGUUAAGUUAGAUUUUAAAAAGCGCUCCAGAGUUUUAGGAACAGAGCUCUCACUGGAUGCCAUUUAUGCUCAUAAAUCACUUAAACAAUAAAGAAAAUCUCACUCCCCAUCCUUCCAUAUCAUGUAAAACACAUGGCAGAAGUCAGAUUUUUGCAUUCUAGAACUGACAUAAAACUCCAAUUAUUCCACGGAAUGUCACUGAAGUACAGAAGAAGAAAAGUGAAUUAAGUCUCUUUAUUUUCAGUAAAUUCAAAAAAGUCUUCAGAUCUAAAUCUACUGAAGUUAAUAUAUCUCUUUCUUCCAGGUAGCAACAUUUGAGCCUCAUCUCCAUAGUAACCAUAAUUAAUCAUUAAGAGUUUUCAAUGGAAAAUGUGUAAAUUUUACAUUCUGCUCAAAAUGUACUUACAAACCUACACUUACAGUUAUGUGAAGGGCUCAUAUGAUGCUCAUUUGUACCAUUAAAAAAAAGAGAAAAAAAUCAAAUAACAGGAUACUGCAAUCUGUCCCUGUACCUGCAAGAAGCAGGCACUUUUUGCCCAAAAUAUAUUACAGUCUCAAUAGCUCUGUUAAGAUCAAAGGGUAAAUUAGUGGUAAGCUUUCCUUAAAGAAGUGAAUUCUAUUCAUACCUAGCAGAUAUGUUCAGUUGCCCCAUGAGCUGGUUGUUGACUCAGUAUCAAUGGUUAAAGUUAAUUAAGGAAGACUCUACACCAAGUCCAUGCCUUCUUGGCUGUUUUAACAAGCAAGUGCAUGAUAAAAGAAGCUCAAAAAGUGUAUGUAGUAUAUUUGCUUUACCUUUUACUGAUUUGGCCAACAAUGCCAAAGUGGUGCUAUUGUUUUGUUUAAGAAAGUACUUGACUAAAAUAUAAAAGAAAGCAUAAAUAUUUUUUUAAAGUAUGAAAAUGACAAUUAUAUAGGUAUGGUUAUUAAAAUAGAAAUACAACUAGCCAUAACUUUUCAACUUUUUGUCACUCAACAAAAGCAAAAUAUCUAUUAAUCUAUGGAGAUGGGGCAGGAGUAAGAAUCAAAAUGCCACAAAAAUCCAUGGAUUUGAAAUGCAGUUAUGAUUCUUUAUUCUUAUUCAUUAAUACAGAUGAAAAAAAGCAUUUAAAGUUGAGAAUGGACAUGACUGCAAGUCGUUCAGAUUAAUACAAGUCCUACAUCAGAUCAAAUAUUUUCAAGCCACACUCUAGGCUGAAACCAAUGUUGAGUUUCACUUGAAGUCAGUGGCAUGAUCGAGAUUUUCAUUCAGCAAAACUUCUUAUUUUUACCUGAUAACCUUCUUACCCACGACAUGCCUCAAAAAGUCAACAUUCUUUCACAAAAUAGGACAAAGAAAUGCACCUGAUCUUGACAAGGAAUUAAGAACAAAAUAUUCCUAAUAUGAAACUGAUGUUAUUUUUAAUUCUUACCAGUUUUGAAUUGUGAGAAAAAGUUGAAAUUUAUGGCUAACAGUCUGUGAAUUUUUUUUUUAACUUUUUGUGGUCACUAUGAACAUCCUAAUGUGCAGAAUUACGCAUUUCAUUGUUUUGUUUUUAAAUGAUGGUAAAUUAAGCCCAGAUAGAGAUUCUUUGAACCUAUAGGCUAGAUAGAAUACUUAUGUUCUGAUGAAGUUAUAAUCAAUAUAUUUAAAAUGUUUUAUUUUUAGUCUGAAAAUAAAUAGUAAUAAUUUAUUUGGGGACUCAACAUGUACUGGUCCCUCUUUUAAGGAUACUGUUCAGUAUAAACAAGUCUUCCAGAUUCCAAACUUCUAUUCAAAAAUCAGCAUUCAUUCCUCCCUCCUCCCCUGCUCCAGCAAAUCUAGUUAAAAAACUAUUGCAACAUAAGUUUUAUUGUGUUUGUUUUGGGGAGUUGCUUUGUUUUACUUCACUUAGUUUUGUUUUUGAUGCAGGGGAAAGGAGGAGGACAUGAGGUUUUCAAGCAAUUAAGAUUUUUUUCUUCUGGCUGCAAACCACAAAAAAUUAAAGAAUUUGCCUUGAUGAGAUUACUAAUUAUCCAGUUCAUGUGUGGAAAUAGCAUUAAGUAAAGCAACUGGAUUAAAGUUCAGUUUUGAAAGAGGAAAAAAAUCAUUAACACAAACUUUUACUCAUUUUAAUCCUACACUAUAUAUUUUGCUUGUCACAACAUUGUAAUAUUCUACUGGACUAUCACUGUCCAAACACACAGUUUCUGAUAUAUAUAAAUGUUCUUUGAUUUUUUACAUGAAGGGUGUUGUGAGAAUAUCUGAAACUUGAUUACAUAUAGUACAAUAUAGAGAUACCAGUCUAGCAGAGACCAAAACAAGAAGGACCUCACGGAUGCUUACCUUACACUAGGAAGUCUCAUACUAGUUGCAUAAAGGGUGUGUAUAUAUUUGUGCGCAAGUGUGUGUGUGUGUGUGUGUGUGUGUGUGUGUGUGUGUAUUGUUUUUCUUUUUCUUCUCAAGUAAAACUUGACUUUCUUGCUUUUUACACAUUUUUUUUAUCAUGGAUUAUAUUCAAUAAUCCAAUCGGAAUCUAAUUUUAGAGGAACAUUACAUAAUAUGAGUGUCACAAAUUAAAUCCAAUAUUUGAAUUUCACACCUAAAGAGAUGACCUGAUUUUUCAAAUAUAAGGCAGUUCUCUAUUGUCAUCCAAAAAUCAGACAGAACUAUAUAUGUGUUUAAAAAUGGAUGUAAAAUCCUAACUCUGAGUACCUUAUUUUGAAAACACUGACUUCAGAAUUUUGCUUUAAUUCAUACUUCUUCAGAUGACUUCUCUUAAGUGAGAUUUUUAAAAUGUAAGUGUCCCUCUUGAGGUUAGAAUAAUGGGUUAGACAAAGAGAGCAGAAAGAGGAUUUUUUUCAGUUAAUAAUGUCACCUCAACUAUUUAUUUAUAGAAUUAGAUGCUCCAUACAAGUAGACUUCAUGCCUCUCUAUAUUACCCAUAACUACUUCAGAAGAGGGAAAGACUUAGUAUGGCUUCUGACCAAACUGUAUCCCAAUAUAUAACAUUUUUACAACAAAUUUCAUAAUCGUCAUUUUUGAUCUCUAUUUUUGAACAACUUUUUAUUUUGCCAGGUUGGCUCACAAAAGUCAUAAGAAUCAUCAAGUUGAUACUUCUGCUGCUAACCAUUCUUUCCCACAAAUAUUUGACAUAUGUACAUCUACUUACAAUAUUUACGUCAUUACUUGAUUGAAAUUCUUCUUAACAAACAGCAUCAAUAAAGUUGGGAGAUUAACUUUUUCAAUGCUUUAAGGGUAUAAGCCAUUCCUUAACUAAAUCAAAGACAUUUCACAUUACUGUACUUUACAUUCAUUAAUACCAUCUCAUUCCCCUAAAGCAACAACAAAAUACUCUAUCUGGGUAAAAAGGAUCAUGCUUCAUAUACUCUUGUGUUAAAGGAAAAGGUUUAACCAGAUGACUAUAAUUAGAACUGAUUCUGUGAAAGUCGUAAUUAGUAGUGAAAUAUUUAACUAUGUACAUUUUAAAAUCAAAUGAAUGCUCCAUUACUUUCGAUUUAUUGGCACUGACCUGGUUUAUGGUGUAAAAAAGUCCCCUUCAAUGAUGAGCAAAAGCAAAGGAUCCAAGGCCAAUAUCCUAAUGGGCUAUAAAUGAAAGAGUCACAAUGGCCUUAUUUUGCGCACAGGGAUGAAUUCUAUCUCAGAUUAUUUUUAUUUUAUUUUAGAUUAAAAUUUCAAAUUAACAUCCAUAUAAGAAAGAAUUAGGUAAGAAUUAUGAUACUCUUCAUUAUUUCCACUGAGAAGCAAGUUUGAAUAUAAUAAAGCACAUGCAAGCUACACUGAAACACACAGCAGGUAAAAUUCACCCCUUAGUUUAUAACCAUUUCUAAGGAAUUAGUUUGACUGAAUUCUACAGAAAUUCAGUGUAAGAUGAAAAAACAAUUUUGGUAAGUGUAUAAUCAUAAUAGUCUCCUGAUUAAACUAAGUCUUAUCAAGCAUGAGCCAAAGUGCUCCAGUGAAAGCAUACUUGUACUUCAUAAUGUUCUGAACAGCUUCACUUCUAGUCUGAUACUUCACGUUGCUUUUAUCAGAAUGUGAUGAUUCUGUUUUAGUCUCUUAAUUCUUGGAGUCUUUGGGGUUGAAUAUUAAACAUGUUCAUCAAGCCUCAGGAUUUUAAGAAACAAACCAGAAGAAGUAGCAGCAUGUGCUGCUGAUAAUCAAAUCAUAUAUGGGCUUUCUUUCCUCCCAAACUGUCUGUUAAGCCACCCAAAAGUGCUAAAUGAAGAAGAUGUGAAGGAAGAAGCACUUGUUUCUUUUAGGAGGUCACUCUUUCAAAUAGAAAUAUUAGCUGUCCUCCCUUUCUUCACCGUUGGACUUAAAUUGGUAUCCUGAUGAAAACUUGGGUUUACAUGAUGCAGGAAUGAAUGUGGAUAGAUGAAUUUCUGAUUUCACUACUGAAUAAUGCUAGUAUUAACAUUUCAACUCAUUAUAACCAAACAGUGACAAGUCUUAAAUGUUCACUCAAAACCAUGUAAACUCUUUAUUAAAGAUCUAACUGGAUUUAUUCUUUCUUUUUUAUUUUCUUGUGCUUACUCAUAAUGCAAUGUCACUACUUGAUGACAAGUAAUAUUUCAUACUGUGUAUGUAACAUCGUGUUGCAGAAUCCCCCAAAUACCUCAACAAUGUCUUUGUUGCGCUAUUCUCCCCAUUUAGCACUUAUAGGCUUUUCUAGUAACAAUAAAUUCAAAAAAGGAGCUCCUAAUAUGUACAAAUAUAAAAAAAGUAUCAAGAGUUUUUGCUAGUUUGCAGUUCAUGUAAUGCAAUCUUGACUAUUCUCUUCCCCUCUCUCUACAAGCUGUCUAAAACAGUAAACUUUGCUCCAUAAAUAAUAGUGUAUUCAUGCUUUUAAAGGCUUUGUAUGCAUUUAUGGUAGGUAAAGGUUGGAAAAGGUAGUUGACUGAUUUUCACUUUUAUCUACUUUGAUUUCAGUAAAGGGCUUUGUCACCCUGUAUACAUAAAGGCUAAUACACCCUUUGGUUUGUAGAAUGUACUGAAAUGUUUGCAACCC